AUGGCAGAGAGCCAAGCCUGCGAUCUCCAGGGGUAUUUCGGGAAGCCAAGCCACGGCAAGCAAUACGAAUCGCGUUGCGAAGCGCUCACGGACAUCUCUGAAAUGCUGGCGUUUGCCGCCAAAUGCGCCGCCAUCCUCAACCCUUCCCAUCAGACACCUCAGACCGACGUUGGGGAAUAUCUGACAUCAGAUGUUUACGAGAUCUUGGCUGAUGAGAUCACAGCGACUCUGCGAGGGCCCUUCGCGACUUUCUAUCUACUGUCCUUCCUCUGGCAAGAAAACAAGGAAUACAACAUUGGGUACCGUCAACUCAAGGCUGUGGACGACAAGUUCUUCUUUUCCGGCGUGCUCAAUGCAUUGCCCGAUUCGAAACUAUGCCCACUACAAAAGUUCACAGAAGGGUUUUGUGAGGUCAUAGAAAAUGGCGUUUGCGAUUGCAACGGGUCGUGGACAGACACGGUGCUGUCCUACACGUUCCUCGUUAACGCCGUGCUCACGAGCAACGUUGCUGGCGGCUCCGACAACCCGGUCUAUGUGCACCGGCCGAUCACAUACGCUGUGUUUGUCAAGGUGGAAAUCUCAGAUCUGUCAGCACAUUCUGACAAACACGAGCAGACUUUCCAUGUCCGAGCUACGUCAUGGGUCGCAAAGGCCGAGCUGAACUAUGACUUCUACGAGAAGCAGAGGGAGCAGUUAUCAAAGCUCAAGGAAAGCCUUGAAGCAAUACUGAGCAAGGAGGGCCAGAUGAUACUGCCAGAAAUUGAGACCUUUUGGUACACGAGUACAAGUUCCUGA